GUUGUCGUCAAAGAGUUUGAUUGGAGUCAAACGGAUCCCAAGAGUGACGAGUUCUGUGGCCACAGACUCGAUGCCAUCGACUAUAUACUGGUCUCCGAUUGUCUCUAUUAUGAACAGAGUGUUCAACACCUAUACGACACAAUCGAGUGGUUGUCCUCAAAAGGGGCACAGGUUUUGCUGUCAUACGAGGACAGGGAUGACAAACAGCCAUUGAUUGAUAUGUUUUUUAAUUUAACGUCCGAUAAAUUUACUGUAAGUGAGAUCCCGUGCCAUGAUUUACAUCCCGAUUAUCGGUCACCAGAUUUGCAUUUAUUUCUAUUGAAACAAAACAUUUGAUUAGAAUUUAAG